AUGUCGCGCUCGUUACGAACGCGCCCCACGACGCUCUAUGCGCGCGAAGGGAACAGCAGCAACAUACCACAGGUAUCUACGCGGCGAAAAGUCUCUGGCGAGGCGGAUAAAGAAGACAAAGUACGGCAUCGAUUGUCUGUGCGGUAUGCAUCGUCCUCUGUAUCGCCAGGUCUAUCUUACAUGAGAGGUAUUGACUCACUGGCGCCAGUUGCAUCGAAGGAAGGCACCUCAGGUGGCGCAGACGUACCACCGCUGCCACCGCUGCCAUCGAGCAUGGUGGCCCUCUCGCCAGUGCCAGCUUCCGCCGAGACUCUAGCGAAAGGAACAUGGAGUGGCGCAUCAGCCGCGGGCGAUGUCGUGGGCGCCGACGUGUUUGCCGACGAAAACUUUGAUGCGCGUGCCUUUGUUGCGGACCAAGUGCAGAAGCAGCACGAGUCGGGACUGCAGACAUUGCAAACGACGCUCGGGACGAUCCAAAGCACCACACAGAAGCAGCUGAAGGAGCAGGUCUUCAAGAACUAUUCGGAAUUCAUCACAAUCAGUCGUGAGAUUGCAACAUUUGAAAAUGAUAUGCUCGAGUUCAAGGAACUCUUAAGCGAAUGGAAGCAAUUGCCACAACAGCUGCAGAUCGAAGACCCGCUCAGCGAAGCGAUGUGGGAUGGUGGAUCGUCUUCAUCUCUUCAAAGCACACACCGCCGCUCACGCAAUAGCAUGGUCGAUCUUGAACAAAUCUACAAGGCGCAGCUGACGUCACUGUGGGAAAAUAUCGAAGGAUCCCAAAAAUUCGUGCCCUUUAUCCCGGGACGACAUCUCGUUGCUGAGACGAGCCAGUUUAUCGAAGUCAAUGCUGCCACCUACAAACCCAAACAGGCCGUGGCGCUUUUCCUGCUUGAUGACCUGCUGCUAAUAGCCGUUCAGCGCAAACGGCAGUACGGCAGCCGCGUGCACCUCGUUGCUGAGCGUUGCUUCAAUCUUAGUGAGAUUGUUGUUGUGGAUCUUAAGGACACGAAGGACGUCCGAAAUGCCAUCAAGAUCAAACAUGGCAAGGAGUCGUUUGUAUAUCGGACCGAGCGAGCGCAGGAUAAACGAGCGCUCCUGCGUGCCUUCCGCGGCGUCGGCGAGGCGCUGGCUGCCAAGAUCAAGAAGCUGCGCAAGACUGGCUCUUCGUCGGCCUCAACGAGGGCAGGCGCUGCAUCUUCAUCGUCGUCUAGUCAUGCAGGCGAGUCGAUGCUGGGCAACGGGGCGAUGGACCCAUCAAGUCAAGAGCUCGGCUUGGCAGAACGCACAACACCGACGGUGCCGACGACGCACGAAGCACAGACGCUGGGUCCGUGGCUCAACAGUGUGAUUGAUGACUUGGCUGUGCAUAUUGCGUUGCGUGAAUGGGAGGCAGCUGUCUCUCUUGUCGAAGAGGGAAAGAAGCGCCUUGCAAGCCGUCCUGUCUCUGAGGGCCCCCUGUAUUUGCUCGUGGAAAACUUUACCUCAUGUGCGAGCGAGCUCGUGAAUGCCAUCAGUGCCGAGCUCAUAUCGCCCUACCAGCGCAAGUCGAUGGUCGUGCGGGAUGCGGCGUUGCUAGUGCGGCUCGACAAAGGGCGCGAGGCUCGCGACCUGCUUCUAGAGGCCCGCUCCGACCUCCUACAUCGGCGUACGCGGCAGAUCAAGUACGAGGGCGAUGUAAGUCUUUACAUUUCUGAGCUGGCUAUGUUGUACUUUACACUAAUCAAGAAUACGGGCGACUGGUACAUGGCCGCAUUCAAGGACUAUCGGAUGGCGUCCGGAUUUGUACAGUGGGCAUCCGAUCAAGUCAAGUCAUAUGCGGAGACAUUCCGCCGUCAAGUGUACGGCGUCGAUCAGGAUCCACGCGUCGUCCAGGAAGCCAUUGACAUCACGCGGAAAUGCGCGCAGCUGCUGAAUGAUGUGGGUCUGGGGCUUGGCUUCCUGCUAGACGAAUUGCUUAAGCCUGGAAGUGAUGCUCUGUCUCCGGGCGUUUGGCAUGAUUCUACCGCAUCGAUGCAGGAUCAGUAG